ACGGAUAUACUUAGUCAAGACUACUACAGAAGUAUUUAAAUUAAUAUUACUAAUAAGUCAACAUCUUCAACGGGUUCGGAUUAUCAUUUCAGCACGUCGUCUUUUUUGGAUAGAUUUCUGUAAGGUUAAGCUGUGAAGUUGAUGGUGCUGCAGUUAAGGGGCUUGAAAGGAAAUAUCAAUGAACACCCGAAGGUCAUUUGAUAAAGAGAAUUAGAAAGAUCUGCUGUGAGAAGAACAGCGAAAUAUAUGCAAAGGUUAUACUGCUCGGAAAAGUGAUAAGUGAAGGUCUUACUUGAAUCGUGUGAAAGUGUUUUCUUAAAAUGCAAAAUGACACAAAAGUUUUUGAUUUAUUUUGUGCUGUUUCUAUUAUUGGGAAGACGAGGGAUUUAUGCGGAGACCACUACUAUCUCUACGGUCGAUGGAGAUGCAUCAACACCGAACAUAAUACCGGAAACAUCUCCUGAGACCUCAGAAACAACCAAUGAGUUUGCUGCAGAUAGUCCACCCUCGUCGUCGUCUCCAGAACCAAGCAGUCUUGGACCAACUCCAGAGCCAUCCACCAGUCCGGAACCAGAAACUUCCGCAGAACCAUCGACUAGUGCAGAACCAGGAACGUUUUCUGAACCAACAACCGCAGAACCGGAAGCGGAAAGUACCUCCAAGCCAGAACCGUCAGCAGAAAGUACGCCUGAACCGGAAGCAGAAUCAACAGACAAACAAGAAGAUCCGCUCGCAGAGCCCGGCCCCGACUGGGAUGUAGCCAAAGAAAAAUGGAGUUUCGCUUGGGAACUCCAUAUAUAUUUGUACGGAUUAUUUUUUCUGUGUAUAGGCAUUUAUUGUUGUAUCAGUGUAGUUCGGCUGUGGACUCUUGAUCGUCUGCUCAGUAGAAAAUAUUUUCUUACGCUCAAUACACUGAUAAUCGGAAUGUGUGCAAUUAGGGCAAUUUACUUACUCGUAGAUGGAUACAAUUCCAAUGGAACAUAUCACUCCGCGGUCGACUAUUUGAUGUACGGUUUAGGCUUUCCAUUUUUGACGUCUGCCUUCAGUAUUCUAAUGUUCGCGUUGCUACAGGCAACCAGAAUGCAAAUGAUUCCCCGAACCGUUCAGAGAUUCGAAAUUCUAGUGACAAUCAUCGUCUUGCAUUUCAUCAUCUCCAUAACAGCAGACGUCGUGGUAGGGCUGGUGGUGGGGAUGAAAAUAAUGCUCCUGGUCUGCCAAAUGAUAUUCAUACUCUGGGGACUAUUUUUAUUCACUGGCUAUGCGUAUGUCUUCAACAGAGUGUAUGGUUCCGCAGUGAAGCGACAGUCCAUGAUAAGCUUUAGUGAUAAAUCACGUGACUCAGUGACCAGCCAGGUCAGGACCAAACCAACGUUAAGCCUCGCUGUGAAAAUAACACUCGGUACCGCCAUAUUUGGAAUUGUAACCGUCGCCCUGGAAAUUUACAGUAUCGCUGCCGUUUAUGGCAUAUUUUCCGACCGGAAACCAGAUCCUUGGGCCUGGUGGACUUAUCAUACCUUUCUACGUCUUACAGAAUGUUUAAUGUGUCUUACGAUUAGUUACGUUGCGUCACAACCGUUCCGUUACCGAACUCAUCAAAAUUGCGAAUUUUGUGCUCCAUGUCGGAAAGUAUUCUGCUGCGACAACAAAAAUAGAUCUUCAGAAAAUGUGCGAUGGAGUGACGUGAAUAGCCAAACAAAUACCACCAUGUCGUUCGCGUCUACGACUACGAGUGAUUUAAAGACGCAAGAGUCAGGAGAUGAUUCAUUCCGACCAAAUUCCAAUACCUUGUUAACAGUGAACGAAAGUUACGUGCACGAUCAUGAAAUGUAUAAAACGCCAAACGGAGUUAAAGGUGUUUACAGAGUCAACUCUUCGUAAUCGCGUUGACAAUUUCGUAAUUGAUCCAGUUUGUUUACAUACUACAACUUCAGUUGUCUAAAGAGUAGCCAAUGGGCGGUCGUAAUGUGAUCAAUGAUUCAACACUGCGUAUUAUACAUGGUGCGUUUAAUACUCGGAAGUAUAUUGUUAAUCUUUAGAGAGAUUAUGAAUCUAUAAGAACUUAUUAUCUUGAAUAUGUAUAAGCACAUUCCGGAAAAUGAAAAAUUAGGUACAAAUAUAUUUAUUUUCUAAAAUUGACUUCUGAAUUUGAUAUGAAAUGUGUUCAUUAAAGUGAAAUGCACGUAAAUAAGACGGCAGGAUUUCUAAUUUAGCGAAUAUGGAUGCGUAUUAUAUUUGGUGCGUUCAGUACUCGAAAAUAUAUAGUUAAUUUAAACACUUGUUGUAUAAAAUCUCUGAAAACAUGAUUAUUGUUUUGUAAUUUUGUCUAUUAAUUUGUUACUCUUUGUUAUUCAUUUCAUUAUUUCAAUAAUUACUUCAUAUGUAUAACGAAAACAAGAUUGCACAUGCAUGUGUCCAAUGACCCACUUUCGAUUGUUCAUUGCACAUGCUUGUCCACAGUUAAAAUAUAUACAACAAAUAGAAUAUCACAAAUUCACGAUCCUAAAGUCAUCCGUAUGCGAGAGAGACACUGAAUUCAAUGGUUCAAAUUCAUACACAACCAUCACCAGAAUGCACAUGCAUGUUCGCAAUGACCUAAUUUUAAUUAUUAAAUUAUACUGGGUCUUUGAAGAUCAGCCACUUCCGUUUCCUGUUCAUUUCAACAGUUCCCAGAAAUUCUAAAAACAAAAAACCAUCACCAGAAUGCACAUGCAUGUUCGCAAUGACCUACUUUUAAUUAUUAAUAUAUAUUGGGUCUUUGACGAUCAGCCACUUCCGUUUCCUGUUUAGCCACGUCAGCUUUUAGAUUUACUUUAAUUUUAGCCCAAUUCUUACGGCCCAGCUUUCCGCCUUGUUGGUUUGGGCUAAAGUCUUCAUAGUCGUAAUCAGGUUCGGGAUCGUUGUGGUG